AUGGCACCUACUUCAACACUUACUCCGACACUUACGAUAACGCCCCGAGUUUCAAUGGCUAUACCGGUUUUAUCAAUGAUUAUUAUGACGACGAAGGGUGAUUAUUUGAAUUUGGCAAUCAGUAUCUACAACGAUAUCUCGGGGGGUCUGGAUACACCAUGUGGCGGACUUUACUGGAGCAAAACCGAAACCUACAUUGCCUCAAUUGCUAACGAACUUUACAUCGCCCUGGCGGCUGGCUUAGCAAACCGGGUGUCCUCUGAUCUGGCAGGCCCCUACCUUGAUGCCGCGGUGACAGGUUGGGACUGGUUCGUCAACAUCGGCGUUGUUGGGGAUGAUUGGCUUGUCGUUGAUGGUGUUGAUAACAACACAUGUCAGCCCACCGGAAACAAGUACUCUUAUAACCAGGGUGUAAUUAUCAGCGCCGCUGUGGAACUUGCCCAAGCUACCGGCAAUUCUUCUUAUCUCGAGUACGCAGGCAACAUCGCCAAUGCAACAACGGCCGCGAAUAGUACCUUUACCGAUGCAAAUGGAGUCUUGACGGAUUGCGCAAACAAUAGCUGCGAUAUUCAGGGCGCUAUGUUUAAAGGUCCCCUUUUCAGAGGAUUGCGGCAGUUACAGCUCGCAUAUCCGCAUGAUAACUGGAAGAAUUUCAUCGAGACAAAUGCUCGGUCGCUGUGGAAUAAUGCUUUAAAUGAUACGAAUGGAGACUGCCAUACCGGAUCAGCGUUGGAGGGACCGAUGACUGAUGUCAAUGAGGCGACGCAAGGUGCGGCUCUCGACUGUCUGGUGGCGGCAUGGGCAGUUACUUCUUAG